GAGGUGAGAGGCAAAGGGACCGAGACACCGAUCCAGAGCGAGCAGCCUCUGGACCUCAUCGACUUCGGCACCCUCUUCACCACCCACCACGAGCCCCGAGAUAUCGUUAUCAGGAACUACGGGCAGAUAGCGCGGCGGCUGACCUGGCUCAGAGAGAAGGAAAAGAAGAAGGAGCCAGAGCCGGAGCCGAACAAGAAGGGCAAAGCCAAAGUACAGGAGAAGAUACAAGCCUUCAGAGUGGAGCCGGAGAGUGUCAUGCUGGACCCGAAAACUGCGUACAGAUUCACGUUCAUCGCCAUGAGCCCAAGGCCCGGGAGCAUCGAGGAGUUCAUCUGCUGCAACGAGCAGGUCGACAAGGGCGGCAGCCCGGCCAAGCAG